AUGAAGUCGAAAAUCGUCUUUUUCUUCGCUCUUUUUAAUGAAGCGUUGGCUGUACAGGAAUUUGUGGCUGAAGCCUUCAGCAGUUUCGAUUUCGAUCACAAGCACUCUCCAUCAAUCAAACUUUUAUUAUUCGUGCUCUUCGGUUUCUUGAGUACUUUUGUAUUUCUGAUUGUUAUAAUCUUUAUCUUUCGCGGUGUAAUGAAUUGGAUGGGUUACAACAACAACAAUUCAAGGCGAUACGAGCUUCCAUUUCAUAAUCCAGUUGUCGUUCAACCAGAGGAGAUUCAAGGACAAGAAAUGAAAAAAGACAGCUAUCAGAAUAUUCUUGUUCAUUCGGAGUUGAUCAAGAUGCAAGCAGGCGGCACUGAAUCCCCGCUGUCGCCCUUCGGGAUGACAAAAGUUGAACGCCGAGAGCUCGCCAGAUUACUAGCUGGAUCAGAA